AUGCCGCCAGCGCCGGAGAGCAAUGUGAUCACGUCCCUGUGGAUGGCGGGGCCACAGUCAGUGCAGUACCUGAUCAUGGUGGACGAGGGCAUGAAGGCAGCCAGUGAGGAGAGGGAGUCUGGUGAGAGUGCAGGGCCCUUCACCGUGACCUCCACUGGCCUGGUGGUGGUGCACAGGGCCCUGGACCAUGAGCGGCGACGCACACAUCACAUCAGCGUCACCAACCGUACACUGACCACGCCGCCCACGGUGGACUACAUGACCAUCUCUGUGGUGGUGAUGGACGUGAAUGACUGCCCUCCACGCUUCUCUGAGUCCAGCUACACAGCCCUGGUGGCCGAGAACAGCGAGGUGGGCGCCACCGUCACCAUCCUCACGGCCGCUGAUGACGAUGAAGGAAACCAUGGCCAGAUCCAGUACAGCCUCGGCCCCGAUGACAGCGCUGUAGUGAAGUCAACUUUCCACAUUGAUCCACACACCGGGACGCUGACCCUGGCGGCCCUGCUGGACCGCGAGACCAUGGCCCAGUACUCCUUCACCGUCACUGCCACUGACGGGGGCCCCAAGCCAUGGUCUUGAUCUUGACUUUCAGGGACUGUAUACCUACUUUCAAGUAGAAAUAGAUGUUGAUUAACCCCUUAAUGACGAUGAUGCCGCUGGCAUCAUAUAGUUCUAUCAGA